CGGCACAGGAUUUCGAUCGACCCACGGCCCGCUCGAGUAUUUGGCAAAUGACCAUAUAUGAAAGGUUGAACGCAGCUACUUUUAUAGAAAACACUACGGUCAAGCCGUUCUACUAUCAGCAAGCGAAUUUCAAAUGCUUUUAUUGCACAGAAAUCUUUCCAGAGGUUUCGUCUGUGUUACAACAUACAGAUACGCACAAUCUGCCAGAUAGAUCGAGUUUGCUGAAACAGUAUCUUCGGAAAGGAAAGCGGGUUAUAAAAGUUGAUGUGUCUAAUCUAAAAUGCAGGAUUUGUGACCAAAAGUAUACAGAGCUUGAAGAUAUACGUAAACAUUUGAUUGCCAGCCACAAAAAGGAGUUUAAUUCCGCUGGGAAUGGACUCAUGCCGUACGAUCUAAGAAUCAAUAAUGGUCUACUAUCCUGCCAUAAAUGUAGCAAGACUUUCAAUUCUUUCUUCCUCUUAAACAGGCAUAUGAAUGUGCAUUUUAGUGUGGUGUGUGAAACCUGCGGUCUCGGGUUCAUAUCACAUCAGCGUCUGAUAAACCAUAGAAUAGUUCACCAGAAUGGGGUUCACAAAUGUAGCAAUUGUCAGGAAGUAUUCCCGACGAAACUGAAGCUUCGUUAUCAUUUGUUUAAAAAGCAUGAAGUCACGAAUGCUAAGCGAAUCAAGCCGUUAAAAUGUCCUCAUUGCUUAGAGCGCUUUGCGGAACAUUAUCGCAAAAUGACACAUCUAAAAGAAGUGCAUGGUAUUACAUUCACGUUCGACUGUCAAGCUUGUAAAGCGGUUUUUCCAACGCGACGUGCCUUAACCGAGCAUACGACGAAACAACACACGCAAAAAAUUCAAUGCAAGAUUUGCAGAAAGUGCUUUGGAACGAAGUCUCUGUUGAAGAUGCACUUGCGAGGCCACACGGGGGAGAGGAAUUUCUUUUGCGAAGUUUGUCAGAAGGCGUAUAUGCAUGAAAGAACCCUCCGACAGCAUAUGCGUGUACACGGCCCGGUUUGGAAGUUUACAUGUAGUGAAUGUGGGCACGGGUUUCAUAAUAGAAACGACUUUAACAAGCACAUGAAGCAAUGGCACCCGCAGUGGCAGUUCAAGGCGAUUGUGAAGAACUUUAGCUCUGAUUUAUUGAACCAAUAGAAUAAAUACCUCACCUAGUCGUAUAGUACAAAGAAUUGACUGAACACGUUUACUUAUAGAUGCAUAAUUGUUUUUGCUUUGGCAUGGCUUGUGGAAAUGUUACA